GAAUAUCCCUUCCGGGCCGAAGAUUGUGAAGAAAGCAACGACGACAGCAGCAGCAGCAGCAGGUGCGGUGAACAUUGAGCUGGAUCGAAAGAGAACUUCUACGAAAAGUUGCGAGGAUUUCCCUUUCGCUCCACUGAGCAUUGAGCAGUCGUUCUGCGGGUGGAGAUGGCGCAUACAAAAGGAGAGUCCAACCAAGGUGGUCACCAAAGCUCCGAGGAACCUUACAAGAGAGGGAUCUUCAGCAAGGUCAAAGAUAAAUUGGACUUCACCAAGCACUUAGGUUUCCAGUCAGACCCAAACAGUUUGGCAAAUCGUGAAGCACUCGAGAGAGGAAGGGCAGCACGCGAAGCCGAGGAAGAGAGAGAGAGGAACCUGGGGCCUGCACCACCACCUGGAGCCAGCGACAGAGAUGGCAUCGGAGGAGUUGUGGAAACUUUGGCUGGAGUUGUAACCCCAAAGACAGAAAACACACUUACCCCAAUUGACAAAGCAGUGCCAGCUGCGGAUCCAGUGAACAAGGAGGGUGAGCAAAGACCCAAUGAAGCUAUCCAAUUUGAUGAAUCUCCUGGUCAUUCUAUGAAUGGAGUAGAAAGUAAUAUCUCAACUGCUGAGCAGGCUGAUCAGGAGCAGGGGAAAGACAAAUCUAAGGAUCCGGAUUUGGGGUGGGGUCGGUGGAUGGUCCACAAAGUACAUCAAGUCCAACGAGCUGCCGCAUCGAAAGACUUGUCCGAUGAGCUUCUGAAGAAAGAGCCAAAGGCCAAGGUUUCCAAGUAAGAAAUUAGAUUCUUAUUUUUUUUGUUCGGUGUAACCGCACUAGAAAUUGAUGUUGGUGAAAGAUACAUAUUUGUUGAAGUGAAGAAGACUGCGAAAGUACUUACAUGUACAUAAAUGAAAGUUCAGAUCUGAAAGUCCCACAUCUAGGAGUUUAUCUCUCCCACAGUUUUUUUGCUUCAGGACAGUCACCAAAAUAGGAAACAAACUAUGAUAGGCGUGGAUAGUUGAUAAAAACGCCCUUUCGAUGUCUUAAUCUCCGUGGCUGCAAUCUCCCCGGCCUUUCACUAAAGCGAAAGCGGUCUUCCAAAAGAGAU